ACUUGCUUGUUUGCUGAGAAAGAAAAACUGAGUAAAAUGAAAGAGAAAGGGGGAAAAAAUACGAUGUUAGCUGCAUUUCGUCAAAAGCCUGUACUAGUCUCAGUAGAAGCUAAGCAGUUGUUGACCUGUUUUUGGUUCUGAUCUUGCUCUUUCUUCUAAGAUAUUUUCUCCCUCACUUUUUUCCUCCAAACUUUUUGUCUCUAGCGUUACCUAUAUGAAGGCAAGAAUUGAAAAUUAUAUAACAGAUCAAGUGUAAAGUUUAUACGCUUCAGCUGAAGGUGUAUGAUUCAAUGAAUUGGAUGAUCAACUGAGAAUAGAAAAGCGCGAAAGAGGAGAUGAAAGACGAAUCAAUUGGACUGAUAAUUGGAAUUUCCAUAGGUGUGGUUAUUGGAGUGAUUUUGGCUAUUUCUGCACUGUUCUGUCUCAGAUACCAUAGGAAGCGUUCACUGAUAGGCAAUAGCAGUUCCCGGAGGGCAGCCACCAUACCCAUCCGUGCAAAUGGUGCUGAUUCUUGUACUAUUCUAUCAGACUCGACGCUAGGUCCAGAAUCUCCUGUAAAGUCUGGGAGGAGCGGCACUGCCUUCUGGGUUGAUGGAUUUAGGAGGGGUAGCAUGGUUUCAGCAUCUGGAAUACCUGAGUAUUCAUACAAGGAUCUGCAGAAGGCAACAUAUAAUUUCACUACACUCAUAGGACAUGGUGCAUUUGGUCCUGUUUAUAAAGCUCAGAUGUCUACUGGGGAGACAGUUGCGGUUAAGGUUCUUGCAACUAAUUCUAAGCAAGGGGAGAAAGAAUUCCAUACAGAGGUCAUGUUAUUGGGAAGGUUACAUCAUCGAAACUUGGUGAAUUUAAUCGGAUACUGUGCAGAAAAAGGUCAGCAUAUGCUCAUUUAUGUCUACAUGAGUAAGGGCAGCUUGGCUUCACACUUGUAUAGUGAAGAGAACAAGGCACUGAGCUGGGAUUUGAGGGUUCAUAUAGCCUUGGAUGUGGCAAGAGGCUUGGAAUAUCUUCAUGAUGGAGCAGUUCCUCCUGUGAUCCAUCGAGAUAUCAAAUCUUCGAAUAUUCUAUUGGACCAUUCCAUGCGAGCUCGGGUUUCAGAUUUUGGGUUAUCAAGAGAAGAGAUGGUGGAUAAGCAUGCAGCUAUUCGGGGAACCUUUGGGUAUCUUGACCCUGAGUAUAUCUCUUCUGGCACUUUCACUAAAAAAAGUGACGUGUAUAGCUUUGGGGUGUUGCUUUUUGAACUCAUUGCCGGCCGAAAUCCUCAACAGGGUCUUAUGGAAUAUGUUGAGCUUGCAGCAAUGAGCACUGAGGGUAAAGCUGGUUGGGAGGAAAUUGCUGAUGCUCGCCUUGAAGGAAAGUUUGAUGUUCAAGAGCUGAAUGAAGUUGCAGCCCUUGCAUACAAGUGCGUGAACCGUGCCCCGAGGAAACGUCCCUCGAUGAGGGACAUAGUGCAAGUCCUGACACGGAUUCUGAAGUCAAGACGCCCCAGGAAUCACCACAGGAAGGCCUUGUCUGCAACUGCAGAUGAAGUGGCUUCCGUUGAUGGUGAUCCGCCAGAAACAAAGAUUACUGUAACUGAGCACAGGCGAGAAGAGUCCAUGGAUAGUACAGUUGAUGCCUAUGAAGUAUAGAAGUUGGUUUUGCCUUUACCUCAUUCUUUUCUUCUUAAAAAGUAACAUUUUCAUGGCUGGGUUUUGCCUUUACAUGUCAUGUGGCCGUAUAUAAUGUGGUGUAGGUUCUGAUUUCUAUGAUUGGCUUGAUCAUCAUUCCCUGUAUUUCCCUGUAACUUUUUUCUUUGUGGCUUUGAUCCUUUUCUCUUGUUUUGCCUUUGUACAUUCAAUACUUAAGGAAUGAAAAUGAUUAGAAAGAAAACAAAAGAAUGUUACCUUC